UCAGCUAUUUGUCAUGCUGGAGGAUCGUGGAGAAAAAAGGAACUAGUGUAAGCUGCCUGCAGCAGGAGACUGAGGGGAAUAACACAGUCCUCAUCCUGUUUCCACACUCUUCUCCAAACUUACAUACCAAAGGGGAUACAGGAUUUUUCUUUUUCAGUUAAUUUUCUUUAUUUUGUUUUUUGACGGAUACGGACAAAUCGGACACCUCAGGCCUGUCUACAUGAUCUAGGAAAGGAAGAGGAAGGGAGCCAGAGAUGGACCAGAAUUUGUUUGGAGGGGCUCCUCGGUUCCUGACCCGGCCCAAAGCAUUUUCCCUCAGUGUAGGUCGAGAUGCUACUCUCAGCUGCACUGUUGUAGGGAACCCUGUUCCUGCUGUCACCUGGGAAAAGGGCAAGCUACGUAUAUCCACUGGAGGACGCUUCAAAACUGUAGAAGAUGGGGAUGUGUAUCGACUCACCAUCUAUGAUCUUACACUGGAUGACAGCGGCCAGUACAUGUGCCGUGCCAAGAACAAUGUUGGGGAGGCUUAUGCAGCUGUCACUCUGAAGGUGGGCCUUCCAGCAGCAGUAGUGGAUCGUGCCCCUGCAUUCACUGCGAAACCCGCUUCCUCUCGUGUGGGUUUAGGGGGUGAUGUUACCUUCUUUUGUCGUGUAGCAGCCCACCCUGAUCCCAGCUUUGAAUGGGAGAAGGAUGGACGUUAUCUGGGUGAGACCAAUCGCAUAAAGAUCACUUCAGACAGUGAGUCCAGCUCUCUGCGGAUUCAGAGCGUGAGGAACAUAGAUGGUGGCACCUACACCUGCCGGGCUCAAAACUCAAUUGGUCGUGCUCAGGCUGCUGCUGUCCUGGUGGUGGACAUGCAGGACACACAACUACUCAAUGUUGACAAGAGUACCUCCCUCCUUUCACACAUGCAGAAACGCAAAGAGGAAAUGUGCAAGGACAUCUCCCUCUUCCGCAUGUACGAGAGCUCAGCCUCAUCAAAGAUUGUGGAGGAUAUCAGCAGCUUGCGGAUUGCCAUUGAUCAGGGGCAGCAAGUCUCAGCUUUAGCUAAAAAGUUACCCAAAGGUGUUUUCACUCGAACCUGCAUGGUGACAGAGGGCAAACAUGCCAAGCUCAGCUGCUUUGUCACAGGCCACCCCAAACCCCAGAUCGUCUGGAGUAAGGAUGGGGUGAACAUCACCGAAGGUCGUAGACAUGUCAUGUAUGAGGACCAAGCAGAGAACUUCAUUCUCAAAGUCCUUUACUGCAAGCAGAGUGACAACGGCCUGUACACCUGCAAUGCCUCCAACAUGGCCGGGCAGACUUACAGCGCUGUGCUGGUGAUUGUUAAAGAGCCGAAGGUGCCGUUUAAGAGAAAGCUGCAGGAUGUGGAGGUGAAGGAAAAAGAGACUGCCAUGUUGCAUUGUGAGGUGCCAGUGUCGACAACACAGGCCAGUUGGUUCAUGGAGGAGACUCGCCUGGAACAGAAUGCAAAGUACCGCAUGGACGAGGAGGGCACACUCCGUCGCCUCACCAUUCACAAUGUCACAACCAAUGAUGAUGCUGUCUACAUCUGUGAAAUGAAGGAAGGAAGCCGCACUGUGGCCGAGCUCACUGUUCUGGGCAACAUCACCAAGAAGCUGCCUAGGCGAACAGUUGUGCCAGUGAGUGAUACAGUCAUCUUCUGUGUGGAGCUUGAGCAUCCUGUGGAUGAUGCUUACUGGACCAGGAAUGGAGAGAAGCUGAAAGAGGAUUCCAGAGUCACCAUUGCCCGCACACACAAGCAAUACACUCUCACUAUCCGUGACUGCACUGCAGAGGACUCAGGCGAGGUGGCUUUUAUUGCCGGAGACUGCAAGACCUCCACUCGAUUCUCUGUUACUGCACCAAGGAAAUAUCCCCCUGAUCCCCCAGUCAACCCAGUCGUUUGCAACAAGACUGACACGUCUAUUAGUUUGAGUUGGUCGCGACCAGACAGUGAGCGGCCAGUGCCCAUCAAUGGCUAUGUUGUGGAGAAGAGGAAAGUUGGGGCUCAGACUUGGGUUAAAGUCACAGGCACGGAAAUUUUGUGUAGCGGUGAAUUUACUAUCAGCAAUAUCGCUGAGGAAGGCAGCUACCAGUUCCGCAUUUCAGCUGUCAAUGAUUAUGGUCAAAGUGCCUUUCUAGAGGUCCCUGGAACAUUCUACCUUGAGCCCACAGCAUCAGUAAAGAGCGGCCUGCAAAACUGCAGCGUUUCCUCUGGUGAGGAGGCCAGCUUUACUGUGGAGCUCUCUGCAGUGUGCUCUGGUCUUUGGACCCUGAAAGGCCAAAUAAUACGCAGUGGAGUUGACUACCUUGUCACUCGCACGAAGACCAUUCACACACUAGUAAUACGGGAGGUCACAACAGCAAUGGAUGGAGCCCAGGUCAAAUUUGUGGGUGGAGGAUCAGAGAGUGUGUGCACUCUCAGUGUAAAAUCUGCUCCUGCUCGUUUCACUAAGAAAUAUUCUGAUGCAGAGGUAUUCACAUUCAGUGCCCAUUCCUCUGCCCAGCUGCACACAGAGGUGUCAGAUGCCUGCAUUCAGGUCACCUGGAUGAGAAAUGGCAAGGAACUAAGAAUGGGCAAGAAGUAUGAGGCUUCGAGUGUGGAUUGUAGACGCACCCUGACCAUUCAUAAUGUGACUGAUGAUGAAGCAGGCAUUUAUGAGUGUGUGUGCGAUGGUGAUAGGAUGUCCAUCCACCUUGCUGUAAAAGAGGAGUCAGCUAAGUUUAUUACCAAGCCCAGGACUGAACCCCAGGAGGCUUCUCCUUUGAUGGGUGAUGUGGUGCUCAGCUGUGAGGUGGCAUCUCCUAGAACUACUGUUGUGUGGAAGAAAGAGCAAAAAGAAAUUGUGGAAGACAAGAGAACAACCUUUGUGUCCCAAGGGACGCAGAGAAAACUGGUUAUCAAAGGAGCUAAACAGAGCGAUGAAGGACGCUAUUCAUGUGAGACGGCAGAGGACAAGAUCACAUUCCAGGUCAAAAUAAAAGAAACUCGAACCACCUUUAUCAACAAGGACUCCUAUCAGAGAGAGGUGAAAGUCUCUACCUCCCAGGAAGCUACACUGAGCUGUGAAGUGUCUGACUCCAAAACUGAGGUGAAAUGGUAUAAAGAUGGCAAACAUCUGCGCUCCAGUAAGACUCUUAGUAUGGAGGCAAAAGGUAAAAUUCGUCAGUUGGUGUUGCGCAAUGUGGAAAAGACAGAUGCUGGAGAGUACACCUGUGAAGUUGGAAAUGAGAAGCUGUUCUUUAAAAUUCAGGUUGCAGACACUCAAGCUGCAUUCAUCAACAAGGACUCCUAUCAGAGAGAAGUAAAUGUGUCUGCCUCUCAGAAAGCCACCCUUAGCUGUGAAGUGCCUGACAUGAAGACUGAGGUGAAAUGGUACAAGGAUGGUAAGCAGCUAAGCUCCAGCAGGACAGUCCACAUGGAGGCAAAGGGCAAGAGCCGUCAGCUAGUAUUGGACAGUAUUGAGAAGAAAGAUGCAGGAGAGUACAUCUGUGAAGCCGGGAAUGAGAGGCUAGUAUUUAGUGUUCAAGUAUCAGACACUCAGGCUGCUUUCAUCAACAAAGACUCCUACCAGAGGGAGGUGGAAGUUUCUGCCUCUCAGAAAGCUACACUGUGCUGUGAAGUGUCUGAUGUGAAGACUGAGGUGAAAUGGUAUAAAGAUAGCAAACAGCUGAGCUCCAACAGGACUGUUCACAUGGAGGCAAAGGGCAAGAGCCGUCAGCUAAUACUGGGCAGUGUGGAGAAGAAAGAUGCUGGAGAGUACACCUGUGAGGUUGGGAAUGAGAGGCUGAUAUUCAAGGUUCAAGUAUCAGAAACUCAGGCUGCAUUCAUCAACAAGGACUCCUAUCAGAGAGAGGUGAAAGUCUCUGCCUCUCAGAAAGCUACACUAAGCUGUGAAGUGUCAGACAUGAGAACUGAGGUGAAAUGGCACAAAGAUGGCAAGCCCUUGAGCUCCAGCGGGACCGUCCACAUGGAAGCAAAGGGCAAGAGCCGUCAGCUGGUGUUGGACCAUGUGGAGAAGAAAGAUGCUGGAGAGUACACCUGUGAGGCUGGAAAUGAGAAGCUGGUGUUUAAGAUUCAGGUGGCAGACACCCAGGCUGCUUUCAUCAACAAAGACUCCUAUCAGAGAGAGGUGAAAGUCUCUGCUUCUCAGAAAGCUACCCUAAACUGUGAAGUAUCUGACAUGAAAACUGAGGUGAAAUGGUAUAAAGAUGGAAAGCAGCUGAGUUCCAGCAGAACUGUCCACAUGGAGGCAAAGGGCAAGAGCCGUCAGCUGGUCUUGAACAGUGUGGAGAAAAAAGAUGCUGGAGAGUACACCUGUGAGGCUGGAAAUGAGAAGUUGGCCUUUAGGAUUCUAGUUACAGAAAGUCAAGCAGCUUUCAUCAACAAAGAUUCCUAUCAGAGGGAGGUGAAAGUUUUUGCCUCUCAGAAAGCUACGCUGAGCUGCGAAGUAUCUGACAUAAAGACUGAGGUAAAAUGGUAUAAAGAUGGAAAGCAGCUGACUUCCGGCAGAACUGUCCACAUGGAGGCAAAGGGCAAGAGCCGUCAGCUGGUGUUAGAUAGUGUGGAGAAGAAAGAUGCUGGAGAGUACACCUGUGAGGCUGGAAAUGAAAAGCAGAUGUUUAAGAUUCAGGUGGCAGAAGUCUCGCCUGAAUUCCAGAAGAAAACUGUUACUAAAGAAGCUAUAGUGGUGCAAGAAACGGAGAAGAUUAUACUGACCACUGAGGUGACAUCGGAAAAUGCAAUUGUUAGUUGGUUCAGGGAUGGAGUACAGCUGAAAGAAGGCGAUAGGUAUGAAAUGAAGACAGAUGGUCUCUCUCGUGUUCUCAUUGUUGAAUCUUCUGAAGCAAAGGAUAGUGGCACUUAUAUAUGUCAAGUGGCUAAUGACAAUGUGGAAUUCAAAGUUAAUGUAAAAGAGGCUCCUCUAAAGUUUGUGGUUAGGUUGGAGCCAGUAUCUGUAGCUCUGAAGGGCACCAUGACCUUGUCCUGCCAAUUGAACAGAGCUGUAGGUGACAUCCUCUGGAGACACAAUGGCAAGGAAAUCAAGCCUGGUGGAAGGUUUACCAUUCGUGCUGAUAGAGCACACCGCAUAAUGACCGUGUCUUCUGUAGUCCAGGAGGAUGAAGGAGAAUACAGCUGUGAAUGCAAAGAUGACAAGACCACUGCCAUGGUCACCACUAAAGCGCCACGCUUGGUGAAGUUCAUCUCCAAGUUGAACAACGUUGUUGCAAAUGAAGGCAAGGAUGCCAUUUUUAAAUGUUCUAUCACCCCUGUGGAUGUAAGCGUGAGAUGGCUUUACAAAGGUGUGCCUGUAACUGCUGGGUCCAAGUUCAAGAUUGCUCAUGGAGGCACCAGCCAUUCUCUCACUAUAAUUGCCGUCACACCCGAGGAUGCAGGAGAGAUCAGUGUGGAUGCUGAGAGCAAAGUAUCUACAGCAACUCUACAAGUGCAACAGCUCCCAGUUACCUUCAAGAAGAAACUUGAGAACAUAACGGUUCAGGAACAAGACACAGUGCAGCUGGAAGUAGAAUUGAGCAGGCCAUCCAGUGAAGUGAGGUGGAUAAGGAAUGGUGUGGUGCUGCAGCCUGGAGGCAAUCUGAAGAUACAGACUGAUGGUGCCAAACAAAUGCUGAUCUUCAAGAAUGUGACCUACACUGACCGAGGCCUCUACUCCUGCGAGACCCUAGACGACAAGACUGAGGCCAAACUCACAGUAGAAAUGAAGAAGAUUCACGUGGUAAAAGGCUUGAAGGAGGUAAAAGCUCAAGAACAGGAGACAGUUACACUGGAGGUAGAACUUAACCAACCUGAUGUGGAGGGUUCCUGGAGCAAGGAUGGCCAAAAACUGAGAACAGGUCCCAAAGUCCUCAUUACCACUCUGGGAAAUAAACAUUCAUUAACCAUGUCCCAGUUAAAGAUGGAGGAUGAUGGCAUCAUCACUUUCCAGGCAGAAGGUGUCCAUACUUCUGGAAAACUCAUUGUGACUGAACCUGCUGCAAAAAUCCUCAAACCUCUAGAAGAUGUUAAAAUCCCAGAAAAGGAAAAAGUCAUAUUUGAGAGUGAAGUGUCCAGACCAAAUGCUGACGUUAAGUGGUUUAAGGAUGAUGAGGAGCUGAAACCAGGGAAGAAAUAUGGAAUGCAUUCCCAGGGUCGCAAACGUAGCCUUAUCAUCCAGAAGUGUACUUAUGAAGACCAAGGCUUGUACAUAUUGAAAACAACUGAUGACAACACAUCAGCAAAACUGACUGUCCAUGCCAGAGAUAUUAAGAUCAUAAAGAAGCUGCAGGACUUAGAGGUAACAGAGAAAGAAAGUGCAGUGUUUGUCUGUGAGGUGUCUCAUGAUGAGGUUGAGGGCCAGUGGUAUAAAGAUGAGGUCAAACUCAAACCUGGGGACAACAUCAAGAUGAGACAAGAAGGAAGAACAUUUAUUCUACUUUUCAAAUCUGUGAAGGCUGAAGAUGCAGCUGAAAUCAAGUUUGUGGCUGAGAAGUCCUCAUCAGCUGCUAGGCUGAUGGUCAAAGAGCUGCCAGUGAGAUUUGUGAAGAAACUAAGAGAUAAAAUUGCCAUGUACAAGCAUCGUGGACACUUAGAGUGUCAGGUAUCUCGGGCCAGUGCCAAGGUCAAAUGGUAUAAGGAGAAGACAGAGAUCAAACCCAGUAAGAAGCAUGAAAUCUCCAGUGAGGACAUCUACCGCAAGCUCACCAUUAAUGAUGUGGAUUCCGGAGACGAGGCUAUGUAUACGUGUGAUGCUAUUGAUGACAAGACCUCAUGUCAACUACUAGUGGAGGAGCAGGCCAUCAGCAUUGUGAAGGAGCUUAGUGCAGUGGAGGUGACCGAACCAUUUGCAGCUCACUUUGAGGUCGAAAUUAGUGUGGAAACAGUCAAGCCAGUGAAGUGGACCCUGAAUGGAGAAUGUCUUAAGGAGAGCAGUGAUAUUGAGAUGGAGAAGGAAGGGACAAUGCAUCGCCUUACUUUUAAGAAGACCAAGGCAUCCAUGUCAGGCUCUGUGCAGUUCACUGCUGGAAAAAGCAAAUCAACAGCUCAGCUCACUGUCAAAGAGCGUCCCAUUGAAGUGGUGGAGCCUCUCAGAAAUUUAACUGGCAAGGAGAAGGCAUCAGCCAGGCUUACAUGUAAGCUAUCGGCUACUCCUAAAAACGUACGCUGGUUUAAGGGUCAAACUGCUCUGGAGGCCUCUGACAAGUACAUCAUGAAUCAAAAUUAUGCUGAAGUGCAGCUGAUUAUCCAGGCGCUGAAUACAGAUGAUGCUGGGGAAUAUCGCUGUCAGGCUGGGACCUGUGAGAGCAAGGCCACUCUCAGUGUUGAAGUGCGUAAAGUUGAAAUCACCAAACACUUGACAGACCUGGAAGUUGAUGAGGGCGCUGAUGCCAUGUUUGUCUGUGAGGUGAAUUAUGCUGAUGAGGACGCUCAGUGGUUCCUCAAUGACAAGCCACUCUUCAAGAAUGACCUUAACGUUAUCCAGCAUGUUGGUAAAAUGCAUUCCGUUACUCUUAAGAACCUGGCACCCCAAGAUGGUGGGAAAAUCACCUUCAGCAUUAGAGAUAAGAAGGAGACGGUCUGCCUGAAAGUGAAAGAAAAGAAAGCUAUUUUCCUUAAGUUGCUGGAUGAUGUAGUUGGAGAAGAAAAAGGCACAAUAACCCUGAAAUGUGAAGCCUCAAAAGCCACAGUGUCUCCUAUUUGGCGGAAAAACGGAACAGUCCUUUUUGCAGACAACAAGUAUGAGCUCUUACAUGACAGCCGGAGCUUGGGUCUGACUAUCCGUGAUAUCAUGCAGGCAGAUGCAGGACAGUACAGCUGCGAUCUUGGCACGGACCUUACAAAGUGUACGGUUACAGUAAGAGACAUCAGCAUUGGCAUUACCAAGCGCUUGAAGUCAGUGGAGGCUAAGGCUGGCGAAAGCUGCAUGUUUGAGUGUAUUCUGUCCCGGGAAAGCUCAGAUGAGUGUUCCUGGAGCCUGAAAGGUCAACAGAUUACUCCUGGAGGGCGUUUCCAGAUUUGCAGCAAGGGGCGCAAGUAUACACUGACCAUCAAAGUAGUGACUGCAUCUGACUCGGGGGAUGUGGUCUUUACACUUGGGGACUUGAACUCUGGGGCAACUUUGUUUGUUGAAGGUGAAGCCCCCAUCAUCUCCAAAGAGCUACAGGGGCUUAGAGCCACUCCAGGAGAAGAUGCUACAUUCUUAUGUGAACUAUCUCAACCUGGCUUGGAAGUCAGCUGGUUUAAGGAUGGCAAGUCCAUCCGGAAGAGCCAAAAGUAUGAGAUUAGUGAGGAGCAUAAAGUCAUGAAGCUGACUGUCCACAAUGUUACUGCUAAGGAUUCUGGUGAAUAUAGCUGUGAGAUCACUGGUGGGCUCACCUCAAAGGCAAGGCUGGAGAUCAAAGAGCCAGUGAACAAAAUCACUCGUGAGCUGAAGGACAACAAUGCAGAAGAAAAAGGUACUGUCAAUUUUGAAUGUGAAACAGCCCAACCAGCUGCUAAAUUCACUUGGCUGAAAGGUGCAAAGGAGAUCAAGGCCGGAAGAAAGUAUCAGAUGACACAGAAGGGAACAAUCCUCAUUCUCACAGUGAAGGACUUGGAGAAGGCUGAUAGUGAUACAUACACGUGCGAUGUAGGAACUGCCAAGAGCACUGCAAAGCUGUCAGUUCAAGAGGUGCCUGUCAGGUUCAAACUACAGCUGAAGAACCAAGAGGUUAUGGAGGGCGAAAAGCUUUUACUACAUUGUGAACUCUCAAAACCUGGCCAUGAAGUGCAGUGGAAGAAAGGAACAGAAAGUGUCAGAUCAGGAGGAAAAUAUGAAAUGAUACAAAGGGGCACCACAUUUCAACUUCAUAUCAAAGACUUGGAGCCUGAAGACAGCGCAGAGUACUCUUGUGAGUUUGGGGACCAAAGAACCACAGCAGCGAUAGUUGUGAAGGCUUUGCCAGUAAUAUUUAGGCGUGAGCUGCAGAACCAGGAAUGUGAUGAGGGCAGCAGUGUUACUCUGCAGUGCGAACUGUCAAAACCCAGAGUGCCAGUGAAAUGGAGGAAAGGAACACAAGUGCUCCAGUCUGGAGGAAAAUACUUCAUCAGGCAGACUGGCUGUACUGUGGAGCUGAAAAUCACUGAUCUCAAACCUGAAGAUGCUGGGGAGUAUACAUGCUUGUGUGGAGACCAGAAGACCACAGCAAACAUGAAGAUCAAGGCUUUGCCUGUGAUAUUCAAGCAAGAGUUGCAGAACCAGGAAUGUGAUGAGGGCAGCAGUGUUACUGUGCAGUGCGAACUGUCAAAACCCGGAGUGCCUGUGGAAUGGAGGAAAGGAACACAGGUGCUCCAGUCUGGAGGAAAAUACUUCAUCAGGCAGACUGGCUGUACUGUGGAGCUGAAAAUCACUGAUCUCAAACCUGAAGAUGCUGGGGAGUAUACAUGCUUGUGUGGAGACCAGAAGACCACAGCAAACAUGAAGAUCAAAGCUUUGCCAGUGGUGUUCAAACAUGAGCUGCAGAACCAGGAGUGUGUCGAGGGAGGCAGUCUUACUCUGCAGUGUGAGCUCUCAAAACCUGGAGUCCCUGUAGAAUGGAGGAAGGGAACACAGUUACUCCAGUCUGAAGGAAAAUACCUCAUCAAGCAGACUGGAUCUAUUGUGGAGCUGAAGAUCAGUGAUCUUCAGUCUGCAGAUGCUGGAGUCUAUGUCUGUGAUUGUGGGGACAAUAAGACCAUGGCCAGCAUCAAAAUCAAUGCUCUCCCAGCAGUGUUCAUUCAAGAUCUAAGGAACCAGAAAGUAAUGGAGGGGAAAAGUGUCACCUGGAGCUGUGAGCUUUCUAAACCAAACAUACCCAUUCAGUGGCGCAAAGGUGAAGUAGAACUUUGCCCUUGUGACAAAUAUGAAUUCAAGCAAGAUGGCCACCACGUCCAGUUAGUCAUCCACAACCUUGACCCCGAGGACUCUGGAGAAUACACUUGUGACAGCGGAGAUCAGCAAAGUACUGCAAGCCUGGAAGUUCAGGCAUUACCUGUUCUAUUUAAGACCCCUCUGAACAAGCUGGAGGCAAAAGUUGGGGAAAAUAUCACCUUCCGAUGUGAGCUCACUAAACCAGGUGCUCCUGUUGUAUGGAGAAAAGGGAAGAAGAUUCUAGAGUCCAGCAAUAAAUACCAGUUAAAACAAGAUGGAGCAGUGGUUGAACUCAUAAUCCAUGGGCUACAGGGAGCAGACUCUGGAGAGUAUUCCUGUGAUUCUGGGCAUGAAGUGACUUCUGCCCCACUCACUGUAAAGGAACUUGAUAUAACCAUUCAAACUGGACUGAAGAGCCAUAUUGUUAAUGAAGGCGAUGAUGUGUCCUUUGAGUGCUUUGUGUCACAAGAAAAUGCCAAGGAUGUUAAGUGGACGCUUCAGGAUGUCCCCCUCCAGAACAAUGAGAUGAAUGAAAUCCGAAUGGAGAGCAAAAAGCAUACACUUACCCUAAGGAAUGUAACUCAGAAAGACUCUGGCACCGUGGCUUUCCAUGUGGGUGCCCAUACCUCUUUUGCUUGUCUCACAGUGAAAGCAGUCCCUGUGGUGUCAUUUGCCAAAGAAUUGAAGAGUCAGGAGGCCACAGAAGGAGACAGUGCCACACUAAGCUGUGAAACUUCAGUCCCUGAUGCGCUUGUGACCUGGAAGAAGGGCAGAAAAGUUUUGUCUGAGGGAGAAAAGUAUUCCAUUCAGAAGAGUGGUACAGUCCAAACUCUAAUGAUCCACAAGUUAUCAGUGGAUGAUGCUGGUGAAUAUACAUGUGAACUGGGAGACAAACACAGCAAAGCCACCUUGACUGUCAAAGAAUGUGUACGAAUUACAAGAGAACUUAAGGAUGUAACAGUGAUGUCUGGCGGGGAUGCUGUCUUCCGUUGUGAGGUGUCCCAGACAAGAGUAACUUAUGCUGAGUGGUGGCUAGGCUCCAAUCACCUGCAAAACAAUGACUUGAAUCAAAUCAGCUGCCAAGGGAGGGAGCACAGCCUAGUUCUGAAAAUGGUCACACCUGACGAUUCAGGUGAUGUAGCCUUUGUGGUUGGCUGCGAGAAGAGUGUUGCCUGCUUAGUGGUGCAGGAGAAACCCAAAGUCCUAUUCUUAGAGAAACCUCUGGACAUAACGGCCAAAGAGGGAGAGGCAGUCACACUAUCCUGCAUGACCUCCAACCCUGAGGCAUCUGUUACCUGGUACAGAAAUGAGGUGAUGAUUAAAGCAGGAGACAGACACCUACUCUACAGGGAUAGAGCCAUCCACCAGCUACGUAUCCUUAGAGCGACAGAAAUGGAUGCAGGGGUGUACACAUGCAAAGCUGGAGAUGCACAGAGCAGUGCCACUCUUACUGUAAGAGGAGUACCAGCAUACUUCUGCAAAGAGUUACAAAACCAGGAUGCUGUUGAAGGUGACACGAUUACCUUGCGGUGUGAGCUUUCAAAAGCAAACAUCAAUGUAGAAUGGCGUAAAGGAGGAUUAGUGCUGCAACCUGGGAAAAAAUAUGAGCUCAAACAGGAUGGCUGUAUACAAGAGCUCCACAUCCAUGACUUGGAACCAGGAGACAGUGGCUAUUACACUUGUGAUGCUGGAGACCAGUUGACGACAGCUUCAGUUUCAGUUCAAGAGGCUGAAGUGCUCAUAGUGUCUGGUUUAAAGAACACUGAUAUCUUUGUGGGAGAGCAGGCAGUGUUCUCCUGUCAAUUGUCUCGCCGUGCUAAAGGGAGAGUCCAGUGGUGGCUGGAUGGCACCCGUUUGGAGAAUGGUCCCUUCAGUGUUAUUGGGGUGGGUGAAGACAAUAUCCAUACCCUCACCCUAAAGAACCUUGCACCAAAUGACUCUGGCACCAUCCUGUUCAAAACGGGCAGCUUGACAUCCUCAGCGAGGCUUUUAGUGAAAGAUCCCACUGUGGAGGUGGUCAGUGCCAUGGAAGACAUCUACGUAGCUGAGAACCAGCCAGCAGAGUUCAUCUGCCAGUACUCGCGGCCAGUCAGGGCCAUAUGGAAGCAAAAUGGGCAGCCUGUGCAACCCGACGGCAACAGGGUAGUAGUGGAGCAGGACUGGAAUGUAGCACGGUUGUACAUUAGCCGUGUAACCCCACAGGACAUGGGUACAUACUCCUGUGAGGCUGAAGGGACCUGUGUUGAGGCACAUUUGAGGGUGCAAGCUAAACCCAUUGACAUUGUUCAAGGUCUGGAUAAUGUGGAGACUAUUGAAGGUGGAGAGGCACUUUUUGAGUGCUCCCUAUCCCGCCCUGAGACAAAAGACUGCCGUUGGUUGAUUAAUGCAAAACCUGUGAAACAGUCUUCAAAAGUGGAAAUAGUUUCCUUUGAGAGUGGUCGUCGCCAUCUUUUACUGCUGAAGGACCUGCGUGCUGGUGAAAACUCUACAGUAACAUUUCAUGCCGGCACUGCAUCCACUUCUGCCCUUCUUUCAGUCAAAGGCUGGCAACUGGAAGUGGUGAAACCCUUGGAGGAUAAGACAGCCAUUGUUGGUGAGCAGGUGGAGUUCACAUGUGUUUUGAAUGAGCCUGUGCCAGAGAAAGAUGUGAGCUGGUAUGCCAAUGGUUCUGAACUGCAGCCAGAUGACCUUUGGGCCAUGAAAGUUAAUGGAUGUAAAUGCAGCCUGAUCUUAAAAAAAGCUCAAAUUCAACCACCACUGGAGAUCACCUUUGCUGCACAAGAUGCCAUUUCAGUGGCCAAGCUAAUUACUGUUGCUGUACCUGAUCCCCCUGAAGAUCCAGAGCUGGUGAGUAAGGGUCCAACGUCAGUCACACUGUCUUGGUUCACACCUCUCAAUGAUGGGGGAAGCCCAGUCCUUGGCUACCGUGUGGAGAUGCGACAGGUGGACAGUGUACUUUGGCUGCCCUGCCAUGCAGAGCCAGUGUGCAAUACUGAGUUUCUGGUGGAUGACCUUAUCCCUGGAUCGGGGUAUAGAUUCCGGGUGGCAGCUAUUAACCAUGCUGGCAUAGGUGACCCCGUCCAACUUCCUCAAACUGUUAUGCUUGAUGCACCAGUGACUGUGACCAAAAAGUUAGGUAGCUCUGAGCUUCAAAAGGGUAAGAUGGCCCGUGUGAAAUGUGAGCUCUCUGCUGAGAGCAUGCCAGUCACUUGGCUAAAAGACAAUCGAGAGAUUGAGAUGGGAGUCAAGUACCAAGUGGUAACAGAGGGUAAAUCUCAAGUAUUGCUCAUUAAGGAUUUCCAGCCGGCUGAUCAGGGUGUCUACACUUGUGUUGCUUCAGAGGACGCUGAAACCUCCAUCAGUUUGAACCUUGAAGGAGAUGACACUUUGAUUUCUCAGCUCCAGCCAGAGGAAAGUGGCCAGCCUAGCUUGCCCCCAGAAUCUGCCUCAGAGGGUGAUCUGCAUGCUUUAUGGGAGGCUCUUGCUAAAAAGCGAAGGAUGAGCAGGGAACCCACAUUGGACUCCAUCUCUGAAUUGCCAGAAGAAGAUGGUAAAGACAAGGCACAGGACCAGCAGGGUAAAGGACUGGAGAAAGAGCAGAUCAAAGGGAAGAAGAGCCCCACUGAGCUUACCUCUAAUAUCAAACCUGAACCAAAUCUGUAUACCAGCUCUGAAGAUGAGCCCAUCAGCAGGGCUCCAAGUCUAAUAUCCUACCUCAAGAAGAGCAGCAAAUCUGUCCUUACAGUGGAAAGUCAAAGUGAGGCCAUUUCCUCCAAAAGGUUGUAUGAACAUUUCCAAAUGGCUGAGCAAUCUGUGCAACAGACCACAGUGAACACCACAGAGAUCAGCAAGGAGGAGGAGCCAGACUUGCAGGAGGCAGCUACCAAAAUCCAGGCAGCCUUCAAGGGUUACAAAGCCAGAAAGGACAUGCGACCUGCUUUCAAAGAGGUUUUCAAGGACCAGACCAGAGAGCCUAAUGGCACAAUUCAUCUUGAAUGUGUUACAGAGGGAAAACCAGAAAAGGUUUGCUGGCUGAAGGACGGUGAGCCUCUGGCAGAUGGCAAGCAUUACCAUAUUGACAUCUACAAUGAUGGCACUUGCUCUCUGAUUGUGACAGCUGCUACAACCAAAGACACUGGGGUGUAUACUUGCGAGGUCACAAACAAGUUUGGAGUUACCACCCACAGUGCAAAAGUGACUGUUGGAUCAUCACGAGAGUCAUCUGGUCAUCGACCGCUUACUCUAGGCUAUAGUGCAGACAGUGAGCCUGACAGCUCCUCUGGCAGUGAGAUGGAUGAGUCCUUACGACAGGCGAGCAAACGAUUGCGGAGACUCCUACGUACAUGCCUUCCACCAGAUGUAGAAGAGGAGCCUUUCGUCAGUGCUGAUGAGGGUAACUUACAGCCACCUGAUCCACACUCAUACCGUGAGGAUGAUCGCUAUAUCUAUAUUCGCUUUGACACCCGCAGUGAAGCUCAGGUUGCAUCCCAGCGUUUCCAGCAAAUGUUCACACAGCAAGGGGUGCCUGUAGAAACAACUAUUCUUGAAGCAGGACCUAAAGUAGAACUGUGCAUCAAGAAGAUGGGCUUCGGCCAAGAUGGUUCCCAAACCCCAACUGAAGAUAGACAACUACCUGCUUAUAUGACUGGAGCCCCUGCGGCCCCAGUCUUCCUGACACAGCUCCAUAGCCAGGAGGUCCCUGAUGGGUACCCAGUGAGCUUUGACUGUGUGAUCAUCGGCAAACCCCCUCCCAGCAUACGGUGGUUCAAAGAUGGGAAAAUGGUAGAAGAAGAUGACCAUUAUAUGAUCAAUGAAGACCAGGAGGGCUGCCAUCAAUUGAUCAUUACAGCUGUACAACCAUCUGACAUGGGCGUGUACCGCUGUAUGGCUGAGAAUGACAGUGGCAUCGCUUCCAGCAAGGCGGAGCUUAGGGUGGAAAUGUCUUGUAGCUCAGACUAUGACACUGCAGCUGAUGCAACAGAGACAUCCUCCUAUGUUAGUGCUAAAGGCUAUGUAUCCAGUUCUGAGCAUAGGGACACAGAGGCCUUUGAAUCUGUGGUGGAGGAUGAACAACUUCCUCAAGUGGUGGAAGAGCUGCGUGACAUUUACCUCAGUCCAGGAGCGCCCAAUGCCAAGAUGAGUGUCAGGGUCAAAGGGUUCCCUUCACCAAGAGUUUACUGGUUCAAGGAUGGCACACCACUGCGGCCCUCAAACAGGGUUUUGCUGUCUUCAGAGAGAGACAUGUACAGUUUAGAAAUUGUGGAGGUGAAAUGUGAAGACAGUGGGGAGUAUUCUGCCUACAUCAGCAAUACAGCUGGAUCUGCCUAUUCCUCUGCACGUAUGGUCAUACUUGGGCCAGGGGAACGAAUUCCUAAGCAUUUAAAACUCAGAGACUCAAAAGAGCCUCUGAUGCCUCCACGAUUUCUGGAGAGGUUCUGCAACAGGACGGUGAAACAGGGAUCGAGUAUCACACUAUCAGUCAAAGUGGAAGGCUCUCCAACUCCCUCCAUAAACUGGCUGAAGGAGGAACCAAUGAAGGAUGUUUUGUGGAUAAAAGCAGACACACCUGGAUACAAGGUCGCCAGCUCAGGCUGCCAGCACAGCUUGAUCUUGAUGGAUAUAAGGAAGGAACACAGUGGCACCUAUACCUGCAUUGCUACCAACUGUGCUGGCCAAACUCUUAACACUGCUUGUCUGGAUGUGGAACAUGCAGUGCCAGAGAGCAAAGUUACACCAGAAUUUUUAGGAAUUACAAUUAGCCCACCAGAGGAAGAAAGCAGAGAAGAGGCCAAACUGCCUUACCUGGGUGGAGUAGAUACAGCAGAAUUCUUACAGAAGCUUACCUCCCAAAUCACUGAGAUGGUGUCUGCCAAGAUCACUCAAGCGUCCUUACGUGUGCCAGGAGCUGAUAGUGAUGAUGAGACCAAAACUCCAUCACCAUCCCCACAUCAUGGCCGCUCACGCCCUCCUUCACUGAUUGUAGACUCCUCCUCAGAGUCAGAUGAGAGUGAUGCCAGAGGAGAGAUGUUUGAUAUUUAUAUAGCAACAGCAGACUACAACCCCAUGGGACUGAGUAAGGACAGCAUUGCUCUGAAGGAGGGACAGUAUGUGGAGGUUCUGGACUCGGCUCAUCCACUUAAAUGGCUUGUACGAACUAAGCCAACCAAAAGUACACCAUCGCGCCAGGGGUGGGUUUCCCCAGCAUAUCUUGAUAAGAAACUGAAGCCUUUUAUAGAUACUGGGGAUGUCCCGGAGACCACAGGCGAAGAGGUCACUGAGGGAGAGUAUAAAAAGAGGCUUUGCCAACUUAUCCAGGAGCUCAUUAGCACUGAGAAUGAGUUUGUAGGAGAGAUGGAAUUCCUUACUUCACAUCAUCUGGAACAUAUUAACGAUGAGCGCACCCUGCCUGAAAUUCGCAUUCACAAAGAUGUCAUCUUCCGGAACAUCAGUGACAUCAGGACUUUCCACAGCAGCAUUCUUCUCCCUGGGCUGAAAGACUGUGACACAGAUGAUGAUAUAGCAAUGCGUUUUCUGAAAAAUACAGAAGGAUUUGAGAACUAUCUGCAAUACUUGGUUGGCCAGACUCAAGCACAGGCCACCAUUAGUGAGAAGCCUGUCCACCAGUACUUUAAGGAAUACACAGAUUCUGACUUGGCAAAUGUGGACUCUUCGGAAGGUCCAGUACUGAGUAUCAAUAGUUAUCUUCAUAGACCACUGGAGAGGAUCCAGAAAUAUAAGGACUUCAUAAAGGAACUAAUCAGAAAUAAGGCAAGGAAUGGACAGAACUGCUGUCUUCUAGAAGAGGCCUACACACUGAUUUCUUCACUUCCUACACGCUCCGAAAACAUACACCAUGUCUCGCUCAUUGAGAACUACCCUGCCAACCUGGAAGCUUUAGGAGAGCCCAUCAGACAGGGUCCCUUCAUAGUUUGGGAAGGAGCUCCAGGAAUCAGAACCUCUUCAAGAGGUCAUCAUCGUCAUGUCUUCCUCUUCAAAAACUAUGUCAUCAUCUGCAAGCAAAAACGAGAUACAAACACAGACUCCCAAGCAUACAUAUUCAAAAACAUGAUGAAGCUCACCAACAUUGAUGUAAAUGAGACUGUGGAAGGUGAUGAAAGAGCAUUUGAGAUAUGGCAUGAGCGCGAAGACUCUGUCAGGAAGUACACAAUGCAGGCACGCACAGUCAUGAUCAAGAACUCCUGGCUGCGUGACCUCCGCAACCUCCAACAACGCUACAGCAUGCCAGCAUGGAGUCCACCAGAUUUUGAUGCAGUGUUGACUGAUUGCACAGCAGAGCUAGGACAGACAGUUAAACUGGCCUGCAAAGUCACAGGAUCACCCAAACCUGUUGUGACAUGGUUUAAAGAUGGUCGGGCUGUGGAGGUAGACCCUCACCACAUCCUCAUCGAGGACCCGGAUGGCUCCUGCACUCUCAUUCUGGAUAACAUGACUGCGGAUGACUCAGGCCAGUACAUGUGCUUUGCCUCCAGCUCUGCAGGAAAUGCCAGCACCCUGGGCAAGAUAACUGUGCAGGUGCCACCACGCUUUGUGAAUAAGUUGAGGAAUGCUGCAUUCAUUGCAGGAGAGGAUGCUCAGUUUACUUGCACAAUACAAAGUGCUCCCAGCCCAAAAAUAAGGUGGUUUAAGGAUGGCAAAUUGCUUACAGACCAGGAAAAGUAUCAAACAUACAGUGAACCUCGCAGUGGAGUAGUGGUUUUGGUUAUUAAGAACCCUGGAGAGAGAGACUUGGGACAUUAUGAAUGUGAGCUGUCUAACCGCCUUGGCAGCAGUAAGUGUGCAGCAGAUCUUGUCCUUCCUACACUGGCAAUGGCAGGAGAUCGCAGGGGAGACCAAGCCAUCACUAUUGAAGUAACAGAGCAGGAGACCAAAAUACCAAAGAAAACCAUAAUCAUAGAGGAGACCGUCACCACCGUUGUGAAGAACACUCGAAUGAAACGUCACCUGUCUCCUCGCACAUCCUCUAUGGGAGUGUACCGCUCAGAGGCUUCCACUCCUGAGCUCCCAAGACAGAGACGUGCAGUAUCUAGAAAGCCUGUACCCACCCUUUAUGUUACAGAGCCUGAGGGGGCAUCAGCCAAGAACCCCAAAUGGGUGGAAGUGGAAGAGAUUAUCGAGUAUAAAGUGAACAAGUCUCCAAAGUUUUCCAGGAGAAGAGGUGCUUCACCCAGCAAGAGACAGCCACCAGAUAACCCUAAUGCUAACAACUCUAACAACAAAUUAGUGGAAGCACUGCAAAUGUCAGUAGCCAAUGUGGACUCAUUAAGUUUGUCUUUUAACAGUGGAGGGAACGUAACACUGAAUGAGUCCAACAGCAUGUUAGGAUUGGAUUCUACUGAUGGUGUGUAUUUUGAACAGUCAUGUGCCUUGGUGGAAACAGACAGAGAAAGUGAUGCUAAUACAACUGUAAGUGUUUCGGUGUAUGAGGACAAUGAUGAUGAACUCAGUGCUCAGGACUAUAACGUAUUGCCUGAAGCAAGUCGGGUAUUCACCCUGAAAGAGCUGGAGGAUUAUGUCCCUAAGGAGCGCAAGACAUUUUGUUGCUCCUCAGACUCACUGAUGCAUUCAGAGAAACCAUGUGAAAUUGCUGUUCUGCAGAGAGAGAUUAGUGAAGUUGGACAACCUAUCCUGCUAAAUGUGGGACGUCCUAUGGCAAUGCCAAAAUCCUGUGCAGGGCUAUUCAGUCGCUUUAAGGAACAUUUCUGUAAUGUAUUUGGCAGCAAUGUCAACGGGAGAAAAGAUUGUACCCAUCCAUUUUAGUAAGGUGUCUUACAAUCAGUCUACAUUCACUGCAGAAUAAUCCAGAAAUAAAGGAAAGCUUGAAAUAAAUUCAAGGUACUGCUCGGAGGUCCAGAGAGAGGGGGGUGGGAAUCAGCAGAGCUUUAGAACCCAAAUCUCUGCCACUACAUAUGGCUAUACACCAAUUGGACAAUCAUUUACUCUUAAAAUCACAAAGAAUAACCAAUUUAAAAAGUAGUAACAAUGAAAAAUUAAUAGAAUUAAUAAAAUCACAAAUUAUUGAUUAGAAAUCACAAACCUAGACGUAGAGACUUUGUCUUAAAGGGGAACAUUUCUGUAUAGUGUCCUUGCAUGAAUGUAAAGAAUCGUUUUUCAAUUUUGAGAAUAGUUCAUGCGAAAAGGUGUAUGCAAAUGGCUGAUCAUUCCAACAUUUUCAAAAUAUUCUGAAAGCUAGUAUAUGGGCAAAAUUUGGGCAAGAUAAUUGUGCAGUGGCUUCCAAACAAUGUGUCAGCACAUGUAAAUGGUCACUUAACAGCCUUGUGGCAAAAAGCACCUAUUAAAAAACUGCUGUGCCAAAAUCUUGUGACUAAUCCGGGCCUUCAUUUAUCAAAUUUACAUAGACUUAUAUAUGAAGUUUAAAAAAGGAUUGCAUAUGAGUGAAAUCUUUUAUCCAAAACAUUGAAUAUUUGUCAAUUAUGUGCAAGCAUGUUGUACACAUUGCUAAAUAGUGGGGGCUGACAAACACAAGUUUGUCCAUGCCGGUUAAAUAAAGCAGCACCCUCAAAAAGGGGAUUCUUGACUUUUUUCCAUUAAUCAUGAAAUGAUGGACCUGCCUGUAUUUUUAAAGGGCACAGGUCUAUGGAGACUGAAUAUGUAUUAUUUAGAAAUUUAAAAAUUAUUUACAAACACAUUGUGGAUAAAAAAAUAAUAAUUUGAAUAAUAUGAAAAUGGUCAGAAAAUAAAACAUGCCACGUUCUUUGAGUGAUACCAUAGAAGAAUCACCUUCCCCAAAGAACCAUAUUUAAAAAGAUGUUUUAAAAAAGAGAUUAGGGAGUGUGAAAAACCUUUUAAAGGUUUAAAGUACUAUACUAAUUUAAUUAUAUAUUCAUUUACUAAUUUACAUGUUGUGGGGGGUCUUUACACUUUAAAUGUCCAAAAGGUUCUUCACUCUCACAAAUCUCACACAAAUGGUUCUCCAUCCGUCAAAAGAUUUUUAGGGAACAAAAAGUGGUUCUUCUAUGUCAUUAGACAAAGAACUCUGUUUGGCACCUUUAUUCUGUACUUCGUUAACAACACUAUGGCUUCAACUGUUAUUAUAACAGUUACAAAACUUUUCUUAACUUUUCGACUAAGAAUGGUAGUUGGAAUGAUUCAUGCUUAUAUUUCCCUUUUGCUUAGGUGCAUUUACUCUUGUUGCAUUUCACUUAUUCUGUUCCUCUUGUUGUGCAUAUGCAUGGUCAGAACUUUGCGUGCAAAUUCCAGUUGUAUGACUGAUAUAUUUUUGUAAUCUGUAUGCAAGGCCAGAGUCAGUGAAAUUUAACAAAAUCUUCAUAAAAUAACUACACUUAAAUUCUAAGUUUUUCAGUGUAUCAGAACGAGUUUGAAACUGCUUUUCUGUGCCAUACUUGUGAAACUUUAACGUUAAUGUGCUGCACAGUUGUCAAACCUGAUGAUUUUGUUUACUCUUGGCACUAAUCUAAAUGCCUUAAACAUCUUGAUAAAGUUACUGACAAAAAACCCAACUGCACAGAACUGGAAUAAAUGAUCUCAGUAUGUGAUAUCAAUGAAUAGUACAUUAAAUUAUAAAAGUCACUGCAUCUGAUCUAGAUUUAUUUAACUGUGUUUCUUAGGUAACAUGUAUUACCUAAAGUACAGCUGCAUCUUGCAUGUAACCAAAAAUGGAUGUGAAUGUUGUAUGUGUGAAAUAGACAGCAAGACACUUCUGUUUGAACAUUUGUUUGAAAGAAACAAUUUAACUGUUUUGAUGACAAACACAAUCUGCCUUGGAGUGUCUAGAUGUAAAUGCAGUUUUCUGAAUCUGAAUAAAACAUUUAUCUUA